CGCGUCUUUCAGUUUUCACGGCCAAUGGGUAACCAGAUAGAAAAAAUCAUAAAAGCCUAAAGAAACGCUCUCUCUCUCUCUCUCUCGCCUCUGGAUCCCCAAACCCAGGGCUCUGAGGUAUCUCUCGGUAAUUCCGACAAACCAAGGCCUUCAAUUAUGGUCUUCGACACCAAAUUCUGAACCUUUUCUCUGCUUAGUUCAGCUAUUACUAGCCAUGGAGAGCAUACAGAACUUUUGGCAGUUGUCCUCUGAGCUUCGAGGACAAUCAAAAGCAUCGGAGGAUCACAGAUGGUCAAUGGUUGCUUCUAAAUUGGCCGAGCAGACCAGGUCAAAGGGUGAGCGCAUGAAUAACCUUGAUCUCUGCAAGGGCCCAGCUGAUAUAAGAACAAGGGAGAAAGUUGGGUUCCAGGAAGAAAACAAAUUUGAAAGCCUAAACCUCAAUAUGCUGAAUUUGGACUCUAAAUUAAUUGAAAAUGUGAGCAAAAGUUCCUUCAGGAAUGGUAUUUAUGAUAUGAAUGCAGUGUACCAGAAAAACAAUGCAAACCUUGUGGGAAACAUGAUUGCCACAAAGUAUAAUGGCAACAUUCACGGGAAUAAAGGUUCCAACGACACUGGCUGCAACAACAUCAAUGAAAAUGCCAACACCAACAAUGCAGUUGACAAAAGGUUCAAGACCUUGCCAGCAACAGAGACACUCCCACGCAAUGAGGUGCUGGGAGGAUACAUCUUUGUGUGUAAUAACGAUACAAUGCAGGAAGAUUUGAAGCAACAGUUAUUUGGUUUACCUCCAAGAUAUCGGGAUUCGGUACGGGCAAUCACCCCAGGCUUACCACUGUUUCUAUAUAAUUAUACUACCCACCAGUUGCAUGGAAUCUUUGAGGCAACAACUUUUGGGGGAUCUAACAUUGAUCCAACUGCUUGGGAAGAUAAGAAAUGUAAAGGCGAGUCAAGGUUUCCUGCUCAGGUAAGAAUCCGUGUUAGGAAACUCUGCAAGGCUUUGGAAGAAGAUGCCUUCAGGCCGGUCUUGCACCACUAUGAUGGUCCCAAAUUCCGUCUUGAGCUCUCAGUUCCAGAGACCCUGGCUCUGUUAGACCUCUGUGAGCAAGAAGGCUCUGCAGCAUAGGCAAAAUGCGAGCAGAAUUACGCAAUGUUGUAGGUUUUGUGGUGCAUGUCAAUUGUGUGCUUUUCGCAGAUUUUCCAGAGCGUAAGCUUGGGGAGUAUGGUUGGGCAAAAUGUUCUUGAAGAAGCAGGGAAACGUGCAGCUU